CACAAAAAUGCAGUGCAAAAAGGAUCAGACAACGGAAAAUGAACAAAAGCAAGAACAAAAGCAAGGAAAAGAGCAUGAAAUCCCUUUGUUGGCACUGAAUCAUGUUUCUCGAGUGUGCAGCUCAGUGAAAGAUUCGGUCGACUUUUACACGAAAGUUCUUGGCUUCGUGUUGAUUGAGAGGCCGGAGGCGUUUGAUUUCGACGGAGCGUGGCUGUUCAAUUAUGGAGUUGGAAUUCACUUGGUGCAUGCUAAGGAUGACGAGAAGUUGCCGCAAGAUAGGGAGAAUUUGGAUCCCAUGGACAAUCAUAUCUCCUUUCAGUGUGAGAAUAUGGAAGCCAUGGAGCAGAAGCUGAAGGAUCACAACAUUAAGUACAUAAAGAGAACAGUGGGCGAUGAAGAUGAGGGUGCAAUUGAUCAACUGUUUUUCAACGAUCCUGAUGGAUUCAUGAUCGAAAUAUGCAAUUGUGAGAAUCUGAAACUUGUCCCUCAAGGCUCAUUGGGAUACAUUAAGCUUCCAAUUGAUCGCCAUAAUCCCCCAAUCGAGUUGGAAGAUAAGGCUGGUGAUUGAGAAACAAAACCAGAACUCGAGUGAUUUUUUGUUGACGUUUUCAUUCAAGUUAGUGUCUUGGUUCUCUCUUUAUUACGAGAUUUUGGUGAUUGUAUUUGUUUUAGAUAAUUUAAUAAGACUUAAUUUGGUU